AUGAGGACCAGCAGGCGGCCAACGUUUGUCGCGAGGGUCAAGUCGGCCACGAGCGUCAGUCGAUUCGCGUCUGGGUCACGACGGGGCUCAGCGGUGGUCUACUGCGUGGAUGAUCGGAAAAGUCUGCCACGCGUCAUCCGUGAGCAAGCGGAGGGCGAUGAGAGCUGGUUCACUGCUACAAAGGUGCUGAUGAUUGUCUGGACGUGCAUCGGGUUAAUGCCGUUGCUCCUCCAAGCCGACAGCUACCUGCGCUUCGUGACCCCGCACAAAAUCUCCGACGAUCUCGUAGUUCCAGCCUCUGCAAUAAAACACACUGCGAAUAUGGAGACGCUUUGCCCCAUGACAGGGUUGGAGAUCGCGCAGACGUGGUGGAACGUCGGGGUCACGUACUAUUACCAUGUGAAACACGGUCGGGUUUGCCACUUCGUCGUGCCCCAAUACAAUAUCCACGGCGCGUAUGUCUUAGGGUCGAAGCCGGGGCCACCUUCAUCCACCACGCCAGCUAGUUGCGCCGAGAACAGCUAUUACCUCGACUACUAUUUCUACCAUGGGAGUAUCGGGUACUACGCGUUUUACGAGGAAGCUGGGGGCACAUUCUGUGCAAGUGACAAUAUCGGGUAUGUGCAUGUACGAGGGCUUGGCACGUAUGAUAGCAAUGGGGAGAGUCUGGCCACAGAUGUAGGGGAUUCCUCAUAUCGUCGGUCAUAUUGGUACGGAUUUUUCGGUUCAAUCUGGAUUUUCUAUCGGUCAAACGUGCUCCGACGAAGCUUCGUUUCCUGCCAGCGAUACGGGCGGCGAUGUAAGAACCUCCACGAGUCUAUGGCCUUCAAGGACGCUGUAGUUUACGUUCAAGAGAGUAUGCGACUGUCGGCUCACGGAGCGAGAAAUUAUCACCGUGCCGCUCUAUUGUACCUGCUUGUGGAAGGUCUGAUGAGCGAUUUGUUUCUAUUGAUCGCACAGGACGGACUUCUCGCGAAGUUGCAGUAUAUUUCUCUCGGGUAUAAUUUAUCCGGCGUGCUGUCAAUUCUGUUCGAGAUGGUGGAGGCCACGAAUUGGAUGGGGGAAACCCCGCGAUGUUUCAUCAAGCGCCUAUUGUUUAACUAUGAGACUUCGUUGCUCGGGGAGUGCAUUUGCUCGGCUGCAAUGCAUGCGUACCUAACGAGUUUGAAUCGGUCCAGUCUCAAAGAAUCGAAGCCGGUAGCAGAGGCCGUCUCGUACUACGUCUGGAGUCUGGUGGGUCAUGGGAUCAUCGUCCUCGGAAUUGUCUUUGUGAUCACUGCAACUCGAUCUCUGGGGGCUGUUAUAUCGGUACGGUGGGUACAUGGGUCGUUGGCAUUGUUACUGGCUCCGUGUUGUGUAGAUACAACGCUGGGGGCUCGCUGUAAGAUGAUCUUGCUCAGUGGGUACGUGUGGGAGGACGGUAGGCUCUGCUACAAGGCGGACACGUUGAAAGCGUUUGGGCUCAUGAAGAUGGUGGAGGACGACGGUGCGCACUAUAUGGCACAAUACAAGCUGCACUGGAUGGCGAUCCCAAGAACGGAUCUGGUGGUGAUCGGCCAAAUUGACGGCCAUAUCGUGACGCGAUGCAGCGAGAGAGCUUGCUUGGGUGUUGUUAGUAUGAUUGGACGGACAUUGGGAGGUAGUACGCCCAAUUCUUCUCCCACC